ACGACAAUAACAAAAUGGCAGAAGGAAAGGAAUAAAGUUUCCAUUGCUUGUAAAAUAUUUUUAUUAACAAACUCAGUAGUAUUGUGCCAAAAUCAUGAAGGAAAUAAAUAUAAACAUCGAAGGAUAUAAUGUAAACGGCAUUUGUGUCGGAUGCCUCAACUACAAUCGCAAAAUGUUUUACCGCGACGAAGUUAAAGAAUUUUAUAAAAUAUGGGCCAAAAUAGAUGUUCCAGAUGGCUUAACAAUCCAAGUGUGUUGGGAAUGUCUUGCAUCAGUCACAUCAGCAGUUCGAUUCCGAAAACAAAUUCUGAAAGCAUAUAAUGUGCUUAUGGAGUAUUCAAAUAAGCAAAUAUUUUUAAAUUCUCCGAAUGAUUUUAAAAAUCAUGCUAUGAGUCGACUUACUUCAUCAAACUUGAUGUAUAACACAGUUAUAUUACAUCAGAUAAAAGAAGAAGAUAGCAUUAAUAUAGAUAUUAUUAAAGAAGAAGAUACAGAUAAAUAUGAAGAGAAUUUGGAUUCACAAUUGAAACAAAUAGAAAGUCCAAAAAUAGAAGAAAUAACAGACAGUUAUUUUGAUAAUUUCCUAGAAGAAUCACAAAAUCAAUCCUCCGAUGAUGAUAUUCAAUUGUCUAAGUUAAAAACUAAAAAGAAAAAAAGAAAGAACAAAGGGGAUAAAAGUAAAAGGAAAGAUGAUAAAUUACCAGUUACUUUUGUAUCUGAGAUUGAUAAUAAAUUAGAUGAAACAGUGAAACGUUCUAGAAAAUUAAAGAAUUUACCAGAAGAUUUUGUAGAACUUUAUACGAUGAGUGAAGAAGAAAUGUGGCAAGUCCGAGCUAAAGAUGUGGCAAGAGAUGAAUUUGUAGCACUCAAAUAUAAAUGCGAUGAUUGUUUAACAAGUUUUAAUACGGAGAAACUUAUGAAUUAUCAUUUAAAUGGGAAACAUGUUCUGAAAAGCGCGGCAGACGUACAAUGUGACGUUUGUAAAGCUUUCUUCAUAACACGUGACAAUAUGUCAUGUCACCGCUCGUUGCAUCUGACAGCGUAUAAAUGUCGUAUCUGCGGUGAUGUCACGACAAGAAAACGUUGCAUACUAAAACAUGUGAGAACAGAACAUGGAGCACCAGGGACAGCUUGUGUUACUUGCGGAAAGACUUUCUCUUCAGAAUCGAAAUUGAGUUAUCACAGAGGUGUGUGCCAUAAGGAAAGUCCUCAGUGUGAUUGUUGUGGGAAAGUCUUUGCCAGCAAAUUGACACUUAAAUAUCAUUUAAAAAUACUAACACCAAAGCAACCUGAGGAAAAAGUACAUUUGCCGUGUAAAGGAUGUGACAAAGUUUUUUAUUCUAAAAAAAGUUAUAGAGCUCACGUUGUUAUCCACAACGGUGAGACAUACCCGUGUCCUAUCUGCGGCAAACAGUUCCAAUGGAAGCGUAACCUCGCGCGGCACACGCGUAAUCACCGCGAGAGAGACGCGGGUGCGACGCACGAAUGCCGGGAAUGUGGGAAGACGUUUUCUAGUAGGGAUUGCUAUAAUAAUCAUAUGAGAUUAAGUAAACGACAUGUCCCUGAAGACGCGUACAUCCACUCGUGUAACUAUUGUGGUAAAAAGUUCGCGUCAAAAUGGUGUAUGGUGGAUCAUAUUGAUUGGGAUCAUCUCAAAGUUAUAAAAUAUCAAUGCAGUGUUUGCUUAAAGGCGUUUAAAACAGCAAAAAUAAUGGUCGCCCAUAUGAACAAUAUACAUGAAGGUAAAAAGAACAAAGAACCUGAAUCUGAACAUUUGUGUGAAAUAUGUGGGAAAUCUUAUAAGUCCGUAAAACGUCUAAAAGGUCACGUAUGGGCAAUGCAUACAAAUCGUUCAUCAACAAAGACAUUCAAAUGUAAAUUAUGUCCAGCAACAUUCACCUGGCAGACAUCUAUAUAUAAACAUAUGAAGAUGAUGCAUGACUCCAGUAAGAGGAAUAAGCAAACCAGAAUAGCAACUGUUAAGAAGCAAGAUCUUUACCCGGAAGUAGAGUUGUCAAAUAGAAUGGAUUAUUUUCAGCAGAAUUUAGUAAAUAAUAUACAGAAUAUGGUACAACCCACACCUUUACAUAUUGUACAAAAUAUUGUCUAAGAAAAGAUUUUGGUAUAGUAAGAAAUUACAAGACUUUUUUUUUUAUUUUCUACCCUCAUUUUUAUCACAUUGAGUUUGUGUGUCAGUGGCUUAGGGGUUAAACACUUGACUUGUCUGAAGAUACUGUAUUCAAAUCCUGCUAUACAAUUGUGUUUUACAUU